AGUACUUGAUAAUACAGUGUGUGUGUGUGUAUGUGUGUGUGUGUGUGUGUGUGUUUACAUUUUCUUAGGCCAAAAAAUGGUGGCAAAUACUGUGUAGGGCGUAGAAUGAAGUUUAAAUCCUGCAACACGGAGCCCUGUAUGAAGCAGAAGCGAGACUUCCGAGAUGAGCAGUGUGCUCACUUUGACGGGAAGCAUUUUAACAUCAACGGUCUGCAUGCCAACGUGCGCUGGGUCCCUAAGUACAGCGGAAUUUUGAUGAAGGACCGAUGCAAGUUGUUCUGCAGAGUAGCAGGGAACACAGCCUACUAUCAGCUCCGAGACAGAGUGGUGGAUGGGACUCCUUGUGGCCAGGACACAAAUGAUAUCUGUGUCCAAGGCCUUUGUCGGCAAGCUGGAUGCGAUCAUGUUUUAAACUCAAAAGCUCGGAGAGAUAAAUGUGGGGUUUGCGGUGGUGAUAAUUCUUCUUGCAAAACAGUGGCGGGAACAUUUAAUACAGUACAUUAUGGUUACAAUACUGUGGUCCGAAUUCCAGCUGGUGCUACCAGUAUCGAUGUGCGGCAGCACAGCUUCUCGGGGAAAUCAGAGGAUGACAACUAUUUAGCUUUAUCAAGCAGUAAAGGCGAAUUCUUGCUAAACGGAGACUUUGUUGUCACCAUGUCCAAAAGGGAAAUCCGUGUUGGGAAUGCUGUGAUUGAAUACAGCGGAUCUGACAAUGUUGUGGAAAGAAUUAACUCCACAGACCGCAUAGAACAAGAACUUUUGCUUCAGGUUUUGUCGGUGGGAAAGUUAUACAACCCUGAUGUGCGAUAUUCAUUCAAUAUUCCAAUAGAUGACAAACCUCAGCAAUUUUACUGGAACAGUCACGGGCCCUGGCAGCCAUGCAGCAAACCCUGCCAAGGGGAGCGAAGACGAAAACUUGUUUGCACCAGAGAAUCUGAUCAGCUUACUGUUUCUGAUCAAAGAUGUGAUCGGUUGCCCCAGCCAGGACCUGUCACCGAGGCCUGUGGCACAGACUGUGACUUGAGGUGGCACGUUGCUGGCAGGAGUGAAUGCAGUGCCCAGUGUGGUUUGGGUUACCGCACGUUAGACAUCUACUGUGCCAAAUACAGCAGGCAAGAUGGGAAGACCGAGAAGGUUGAUGAUAGUUUCUGUAGCAAUCAACCCAAACCAAGCAACCAGGAAAAAUGCUCAGGAGAGUGUAACACAGGUGGUUGGCGCUAUUCAGCUUGGACUGAUUGUUCUAAAAGCUGUGAUGGUGGAAGCCAGAGAAGAAGGGCUAUUUGUGUCAACACUCGAAAUGAUGUCCUGGAUGACAGCAAGUGCACCCAUCAAGAGAAAGUCACUGUGCAGAGGUGCAAUGAGUUCCCUUGUCCGCAGUGGAAAAUGGGCGAUUGGUCAGAGUGCCUGGUCACCUGCGGAAAAGGGCAUAUGCACCGCCAGGUCUGGUGUCAAUUUGGCGAAGAUCGAUUAAACGAUAGAAUGUGUGACCCUGAGGCCAAGCCAGCCUCCACGCAGACUUGUCAGCAACCGGAAUGUGCGUCCUGGCAGGCGGGUCCCUGGGGACAGUGCAGUGUCACUUGUGGACAAGGAUACCAGCUGAGAGCUGUCAAGUGCAUCAUUGGGACUUACAUGUCGGUGGUGGAUGAUAAUGACUGUAAUGCAGCCACUAAACCGACUGAUACCCAGGACUGUGAACUACCAUCUUGUCACCCUCCUCCAUUGGCCCCAGAAGCAAGGAGUGCAACCCAGUGGCGAUUUGGGUCUUGGACUCCAUGCUCUGCUACUUGUGGAAAAGGUACCCGGAUGAGAUAUGUCAGCUGUCGGGAUGAGGAUGGCUCUGUGGCUGAUGAGAGCGCCUGUGCCAUGCUGCCUAGACCAGUGGCAAAAGAAGAAUGUUCUGUGACACCCUGUGGGCGGUGGAAGGCUUUGGACUGGAGCUCUUGCUCUGUGACCUGUGGGCAAGGUAAGGCAACCCGGCAAGUGGUGUGUGUCAACUACAGUGACCACGUGAUCAAUCAGAGCGAGUGCGACCAGGAUUAUAUCCCAGAAACUGACCAGGACUGUUCCACGACACCGUGCCCUCAGUGGACUCCAGACAGUGGCUUAGCUCAGCACCCCUUCCAAAACACAGACUAUCGCCCUAGGAGCGUCAACCCUAGCCGGACCCAUGUGCUUGGUGGAAACCAGUGGAGAACAGGUCCCUGGGGAGCAUGUUCCAGUACCUGUGCUGGUGGGUCCCAGCGGCGUGUCGUGGUGUGUCAGGAUGAAAAUGGAUACACUGCAAAUGACUGCGUGGAGAGGAUAAAACCAGACGAGCAAAGAGCCUGUGAAUCCGGCCCUUGUCCUCAGUGGGCUUAUGGCAGCUGGGGAGAGUGUACAAAGCUGUGUGGCGGAGGCGUGAGAACAAGACUCGUAGUCUGUCAACGGUCCAACAGUGAACGGUUCCCAGAUUUGAGCUGUGAAAUUCUCGAUAAGCCUCCAAAUCGUGAGCAGUGUAACACACACACUUGCCCGCAAGAUGCCGCGUGGAGUACUGGCCCUUGGAGCUCGUGCUCUGUGUCUUGUGGUCGAGGGCAUAAACAACGAAAUGUUUACUGCAUGGCAAAAGAUGGAGGCCAUUUAGAAAGUGAUAACUGUAAACACCUUGCUAAGCCACAUGGGCACAGAAAGUGCCGAGAAGGACGAUGCCCCAAAUGGAAGGCUGGCGCUUGGAGUCAGUGCUCUGUGUCCUGUGGCCAAGGCAUGCAGCAGAGGCGCGUGGACUGUCACAUCGGAACACACAAAACAGCCAGAGAGACUGAGUGCAACCCGUACACCAGACCAGAGUCCGAACGUGCCUGCCAAGCCCCACCGUGUCCUCUCUACACUUGGAGGGCAGAGCAAUGGCAAGAAUGCACCAAGACCUGUGGCGAAGGCUCCAGGUACCGCCAGGUGGUGUGUGUGGACGAGGACCAAGGCGAGGUGCACAGUGCACACUGCGAUGACCGCCAGCGACCUGCAGACCACGAGAGCUGCAGCUUGCAGCCCUGCGAGUAUGUCUGGAUCACGGGAGAAUGGUCGGAGUGCUCAGUGACCUGUGGAAAGGGCUACAAACAAAGGCUCGUCUCCUGCAGCGAGAUUUACACCGGCAAGGAGAAUUAUGAGUACAGCUACCAAACCACAGUAAGCUGCCCAGGCACACAGCCCCCCAGCGUCCACCCCUGCUACCUGAGGGACUGCCCUGUCCUGGCCACCUGGAGAGUUGGCAACUGGGGGAGCUGCUCGGUGUCCUGUGGCAUUGGCGUGAUGCACAGAUCGGUGCAGUGUUUAACCAAUGAGGACCACCUCAGCCACUUAUGUCCUACUGACUUAAAGCCAGAAGAACGGAAAACCUGCCAUAAUAUUUAUAACUGUGAGCUACCCCAGAACUGCAAGGAGGUUAAGAGACUCAAUGGUGCUCGUGAAGAUGGUGAAUACUUCCUGACUGUUAGAGGGAAACUCCUAAAGAUAUUCUGUGCUGGGAUGCAGUCUGACCACCCCAAGGAGUACGUGACACUGGUUCAUGGUGACUCUGAGAAUUUCUCUGAGGUUUAUGGACACAGGUUGCACAACCCCACAGAAUGUCCCUACAAUGGGAGCCGACGUGAUGACUGCCAAUGUCGGAAGGAUUACACAGCGGCUGGGUUUUCUAGCUUCCAGAAAAUCAGAAUUGACCUGAGCAGCAUGCAGAUAAUAACUACUGACUUACAGUUUGCCAGGACAAGUGAAGGACAUCCUGUUCCUUUUGCCACCGCUGGAGACUGCUACAGUGCUGCCAAGUGCCCACAGGGUCGUUUUAGCAUCAACCUGUACGGAACCGGCCUAUCUUUAACAGAAUCUGCCAGAUGGAUAUCACAGGGGAAUUACGCCGUCUCUGACAUCAAAAAGUCGCCGGAUGGUACUCGAGUCAUAGGGAAGUGUGGUGGUUACUGUGGAAAAUGCACUCCAUCCUCUGGCACUGGCCUGGAGGUGCGAGUUUUAUAGCAAAGGUGCUCUGAAGAGAAACCAUUAUGGGAUGGAUGAAGGAUAGUAAUGCAAUACCUCCACCUUAAAUUUGGGUGCCUGUGUGUGUGUAAGGACCUGUACGCUUGUGUGUGUGUGAGUGCGUGUGUAUAUGUGUGUACAUAUGCAUGUAUAUAUACAGGGUGAGCAUCCCUAAUCUGAAACUCUGAAAUCUGAACUGCUUCAAAUUCUGAAAGUUUCAAGUGCUGACA